AAGAAACAUGGCCGCUUACAGUUCAGCGAUGGUAUUUUUAUUUACGUUUCGUUUGUUUUCUGUUUUAAGACAGACAGCGGAAGAAAGAGCUUGUGUCCGUUGCCAUUUUGAGUAACAGUUUAAUUAAGUCGGUUGCUACGGUGUCGUUUGGAAAGCGCCGUUUUCUCAGUUGUUGAGACAUUGACUAUUAACGUAACCGACAGUCAGAUUUCUUUUUUCCUUUUUCGCUGAGCUGUCACGCUACUCGUCAGUGUCGGACUGCGAUUGAUUUGCCUUUGUUAGCGGGCUACGCGUAGCCAAACAGCACAACAGUGAGUCAAACGCGUGCAUAUCCGGUGCUAGCCGCAAUGUUUAGCCCCGUGAAGUCCUCUUAUUUCAGAGUCAGCCCGGCCAUUGUCAACAGAGAACUCGGCAAGACCAAGAUGAGAUAGCAAGAGGGCACGUCGUAGUGCUACCACACGAUUUACUGCGAGGCUGAAUCCCAGCACAACAGAGAGAAAAACGGAGUAAAUUAAACAAACAAAACAAAACAAACCAAGCAACAAUAAAACACGAGGCAUGUUUGGGAAUCUUUUUGAGGAAGAGGAGCAGGAGGGCUUCUCCUCGACUUCCUCCAGGGGAAGAGUUUCAAAGGGGGGAGAUGAGCCGCCUCCACCCCGAGGGAGAAGCAACCUGUGCGGCAUCAAGAACCAGGGAGGGACCUGCUACCUCAACUCUCUGCUCCAGACUCUGCUCUUCACCCCCGAGUUCAGAGAGGAACUGUUCAAUUUGGGGCCGGAGGAGCUAGGAUGCCUAGAAGACAAAGAGAAACCAGAAGCAAAAGUCAGAGUGAUCCCGCUGGAGCUUCAGAGACUAUUUGCCCGUCUGUUGCUGGUGGACCAGCAGAGCGCCUCCACCGCUGACCUCACUGAAAGCUUUGGCUGGAACAGCAGCGAGGGUACAAAUCAACAUGAUGUGCAGGAGCUGAACAGGAUUCUGUUCAGUGCAUUGGAGCACUCUCUUGUGGGCACCAGCGGCAGCACAUUUAUCCACCGGCUCUACCAUGGGACCAUUGUCAACAGCAUUGUCUGCAAGGAGUGUGGGAAUGUCAGCCAGAGACAGGAGGACUUCCUGGACCUGACGGUGUGUGUCUGUGGUGUAUCGAGCCUGGAAGAGGCUUUGUGGAACAUGUUUGUGGAGGAAGAGCUGUUCGAGGGCAAUAACCUGUAUCGUUGUGCACAGUGUGACAGAUUAGUCACCGCUGCCAAGUCCGCCAAGCUCCAGAAACUGCCUCCAUUCAUGACCAUGUCUUUGCUGAGGUUCAGUUUUGACUUCACCAAAUAUGAGCGAUACAAAGAGACGGGACGAUACAGCUUCCCCCUCAACAUCAACCUGCGACCCUUUUGUGAACAGACUGAUGGAGAUGACUCCGAUUUCUCCUACGAGCUGUUCUCUGUGAUUAUCCAUAAGGGUGGCUGCUAUGGCGGCCAUUACCAUGUUUACAUCAGGGACAUUGACGAGCUCGGCAACUGGGAGCCACCGGAGGAGGACUGCAAACCCAAAACUCAGAAGAAAGUGAAGGAGGAGGUGAAGGAAGCUUCUGAGACCAAACUGCAAGAUGACGACCCUUUGUCUGUCCUCGCUGCUAUAAUUGCACAGGAGCCAUCGAAGAGUGUCCUGUUGGACCAGCUGGGCCAGAAACUUAUGAACAAGAUCGGUUCAUCUUGGAGCAAAAAGUUCAGAAAACACUACGGUCCAAUCGGCAAGUUCCUACAGUCCCACAGUGAUGUUUUCAUGUUGGUGUCCAGUGGUACUCGAGUGGCACUGAAAGCAAACCCGCCAAGCCCAGUGACCGAGUCCUCCAGUCCCGCAGAAGAAACCACUACCUCCGAUCCUUCAGCAGCUCCAGACGUUCCUGAGCAGCAGCAAGGAUCAAACCAGAAGCCAGAGCACAAACCAGAGCAGGGUAGCCACUGGUUUGACCUCAACGACUCCGCCGUGACUUCCAUCAGGGAGUCGGACAUUGAGAAGCAGUUCCAGGGCAAAGAGAGCGCCUACAUGCUGUUCUACAGAAAAACACAGCUGCACAGGCCAGACGAAGCUCUGAACAAUCGCCAGUAUAAAGUUCCUACUCACCUCAUCCAGAUGGCCCAGGAGGAGAACAUCAAACUGAAGCGGAUGCGUGAAGAGUUUGAAGCCACCAAUAACACGGUGGAGCUGCGUCUGCACCUGGCGCCCUGCUAUCGAAUGGAAAACGGAGCCCUGCAACCGGUCAGCAAAGAGCCAAACGGGAGCACUACUCUCAGCUUUGACCGUAGGAAAACUGUGGGAGACCUGCGAUUAGCUAUUUAUCAGAUGCAAGAGCUCUGGGAAGGAGAUAUGGCUCUGACUGUGGCCAAGAGUCUUCCAGCGGGUUUACACCUCUACAACACCCUCACAGAUGACAGUGUCUCUCUGUACAGCGCAGGAAUCUGCACAAACACAGACUUGUUUGUGUGGAAUGGCAGAGAGGUGUGCGGUGCGACCGUCCUAACUGGAGCCGAGUGGGAGCCGGUCCUGCUGACGGUCGUCCGUCCCUUUUUGGGUGACGACGCGGAGGAAGAAGCGGCGGUUGGGGAGGAGUGCGAGGAGACCGGGGGAGAUUUUGAAAACGGAGGGCCGGGGCUUAAAAAGGAGGCAAGAGGUUUCGCGGGAGGUGCCACUCUCGGGGAGGUGAGAGAGGCUCUGGGGGAACCCAAGGAGAGUCUGCUGUGCCAGGAGCACAAGGGAGGAAAGAGAAGAGAACAAGGGGCAGGAGAGGGAGGAGGUGCGAGUGGAUGGAGGAUAUUCCCCCCUGACGACAUGCAGCGGACUCUAAAGGAGCUUUCGCUGAAAGAUGGAGACGCAGUGUUGGUGUUGGAGCCACAGUCGUUUGACAGCAGCCUGUUCACUCUAAAUGGAGACGUCGUCACCGUGACUACGCCGUCCGACUGCCGCUGGCUCCAGGUGGAGUUUCAACCUCACGCGAAAGGAGGCGAAGAAGAGGACGAGGAGGAGACGAAGAAAAUCAAGGUUCCAGCCACAGGAAGUAUGCUGCUGUCUGAGGUGAAACAGAGGGCCAUAGAGGAGCUGCAGCUACAGGAGCAACUCCUAGGUGCAGAGUUCUGUCUGAGGCAAGUCGACUGCACAGGGAAACUCCUUCCUCCAGUGUGUGAGGAGCUCAGCGUUCGGGAUGCAGGGGUGCGACUCAUGACCACACUGACUCUCUGUCCGGGAAACGGCCCCAAGGCAUCACAGCUCUUCCUUCACUUCACUGUGGGUACAGCGCCCUCUGCUGGCAUAGAGAUGGACAUAAUCGUGGAGAAGACUUGUACGGUUAAAGAGUGUCUAAAGGCAAUGCUGAACGCUGUCGGACUUGAUGGCACCUGUUGGCACUUACGGAGGCUCGAUUGGUGCGAGGAAGUUGGAGAGCCACUCAUGGAGGAGGAUGCCUUGCUGUCGGAGCUGAAGAUCAGCAACGGAGAGACAUUAGUUCUGACAGAAGGACAUUUGCCUCCAAAGGGUUUUCUGAAGAUAUCUGUUUGGCUGUAUUUGAAUCUGAAAAACGUGGAGUUGAACCACACUGGGAAUGGCCUCACCGAGCAGCAGACGGAUGUUGUGGUGACAGACGAGACAGGGAGUCAGCUAUUUCCCCUCUGUGGUGGAAACGUGGCCGAGCUGAGGAGCGUGGGACAGGUGGAAAUAUCAGACGAAGCCACUCUGGAAGAACUCAAGACUCAGGUGUUGACGCUGCCGGCCCUUCAGGAUGUUUGUAUUCCAACUACUGGGUUCAUGCGUGUGUGGCAGCUGGAGGGGCAGAGGUUGGCGCGUAUCCUCAGAGGACAACAAGCCACACUCAGGAAGUUGAAGCUGACCAGUGGUACGAGCCUCUGUGUGCAGCAGCUGCUAAAAGAGGAAGAUCUUGGGCCUAAGGAGGUGCUUCUGAUUCUUAAAAUGGGAAUACCAGGGGAGAGGUGUUACUACCCUCCAGAGGAGCUAGUUUGGGAUGCAUCCCAUGAUUCUUCUCCUCGUUCUCUACGCACUUGUCUGGCUGCACACUACGGCCUCUCUCCUGACAGUCUCCUGUUGGCCAAACACCAGCCAGAUAGACACACCUGGGAAGAGAUCUCCAACUGGACCCAGCAGGUUUCCAAAAAGAAGAAGAAGAAAAAAGCGGAUUCACUACUGGGAGCACCUUUUCACCUCAAAGAUGGCGACACCAUCGGCAUCAAGAACCUUUUGAUUGACAACAACAGGGACUUCGUCACCCUGGAGGAUGAGCAGGGCCAGCAGAGGCUCCGAGAGCAGGCAGAGGAGCGCAGGAAAGGAGGGCAGGCUGCAGGCUCCAGUGACGCUGACUCGCAGAAGAAAGCUGGACAAACCAAAUCGAGGAAACCAGAGGUGGCGCUGUCGAUUAACGUUGGCGUAUUCAGAUAGCACUAUUCUUCAAAGGGGUGCAUGGACAAAUCAAGACUGCCUGUAAUGUGACAUGAGCACACACAAGGAGAUGCCACAUUGUGAUCAGGACAAUCCAACUAAACUCACUCGGGUGCCAUUUGUUUGUUGUUCUUUUUUUUUACUCAAAUUAAACCCUGAAUUCUUUCCUGCUUCUGAUCUUUGUGACAAACAAAGAGAGAGGGAUUUAAUUUUUUGGCACUUUGAUUUAGUAUCUUGUUAAAACUGACUGUAAUUUGCAUUGUUUCUAUGCAGUAUGUGUUUUUUUUUUUUUUAAGGUGAGCCAUAUUUGUCUUGCUUCUGCUCUCCACAUGCUCUUAAAAUUGCAAAAACCACAUAUGCCCUAUCAUUUUUUUUGAAAUUGCGUUGUUUCUUUCCUGAAGGAAAACAUCUUCAGCAGGUAGUUUGUAACACUUAACCAUAAGUCGCUCGGAAGAAAUGGAAUUUUCUAUUAAAUGUUAAUACACCAGGAUCAGAAUUUAUACUUUUUAAAUUUUGUCUUUCAAGCCACUGAGCACAAGAACAGCCUUCACUUAGUCCUGAUAUUCUUUCUGUGAAAUAAGUGACUCUCAUUUUAAUAAUCAACCUGUCACUGUGCAGCAUGCAGCAUUUUUCUCUGGAAGCGCCGCUGCGCUGAUGGAUAAUUUUUAGGUUGUAAGGGAGAGGAGGGAUAGGCCUUAAUGUGGAGACGCCUCAGUGCUGCUCUUUCCUCCCUACCUCGCUCUCUACCUCUCUCACUCUACCUCUUCUGCCCUAUCAUUUAACCUUUUUCAACCCAAAACUCUUUCUACUUCUCUUAAUUUUAUUUUCUGUUGUCUAAACCGUCUCUUCAACAAUGAUCUAUGGUUUCAUCUUCGAAGAUUGGUCUCUGUGCUCUUAACUUUUCAAUUAGAGCUGAAAAUUAAAGCGAGAUGUCCUUAUUUCCACCUUAAUUUUUGUUUAAACGAACUGUAGGGAGCAGAAACAUCCUCGUGUCUAAACAUUUAAGAUGAGUUUGCUGUUCAUGUCUGCUCCAGAAAUAUACUGUAAUAAUAUUCCUCUUGAUUAUAUUGAAGUGAAGAUUCCUGGGAUUUCAUUGAAGAGCAUUUCAUGUUUUAUUUGCAUGCACUAUUUAUACAUUUCAGGGAAUUAAGAAAAAAAGAAAACACAAGAUUUAAAUUUAUCUCGAAACUGACAAAACUAUUUGACUACUGUAUAAAAUUUAUGGGGCUUUUGUUAUAAAGGAUUUCCUGAGCCGCUUCAUGUACUAAUCUGGCCAUGACCAGUGCCAUGAAAUUACAAGUAGAAGUUUGGGUAUAUUUUUUUUUAUUGUUAUUACUUGGAAGCAGACACACAAACUGUUUGACAGUAUGCUCAGCAAUAGUGGGAGUUUAUUUUCUAUCAUGUGGUAUCCCUUACUAGUGUUAACGGAUUACAUCUUUGGUGUUAUUUGAUAAAGACUGAUCUGCUGUAUUGUAACAGUGGUCAUCUGUUUGUAUCAGUGUCGGAUUGUAUUUGCAGAAAGUAUUUUAUGAACAAUAAAGGUAUAUAGUAGGA